GAGAAUGUUGAAGACACAAUACAUUGGAGGGCAUAAGGAGAAAUUUGUAAGGUUAGAUUGAUUGACAUGAGAUCGAUAUGGCUGGAAUAGGGAAUUGUGGGUUUAAUAUAGACGACGGAAUGGGUUCUGGUAUACCAGCUAGGAAUCCACAAUCAAUGUCAAUAAAAGUGGGAGUGAUGAGAGGAUCUGAAGGGCUAAUGACAUUCGGUCGAUCACUGAAAUGUGGAGUUACCAGAGUGGUGUUCCCAGAAGAUCUAAAGGUGUCUGAAAAAAUGAUAUUUGAUCCUCAGGACAAGUCCCUCCUGUUUUGGAAUAGGCUUUUGGUUAUUUCAUGUAUCUUUUCGGUAGCAGUUGAUCCUCUAUUUCUUUACCUUCCGGUUUUCAAGAGUAGUGAAGACCACUGUCUUCACAUAGAUUCAAUGUUAGCAUAUGCAACAACUGCCUCCAGGACAAUAAUCGAUUUGUUUUACCUCAUCCGAAUGAUUCUCCAGUUUCGCACAGCUUACAUUGCUCCCUCAUCUCGGGUUUUUGGACGAGGUGAACUCGUCAUAGAUCCCAAACAAAUUGCAUCCAGAUACAUACAUCGUUAUUUUAUAGUUGAUCUUCUUUCUAUUCUCCCUCUGCCUCAGAUUGUGGUGUGGAGAUUCCUUAAUGGAUCCCGAGGCUCGAGUGUAGUAGGUACAAAGCAAGCUCUAGUUGUCCUUGUUAAUCUUCAAAGCAUUCCCAGGUUUUUGCGGUUUAUACCUCUAAAUUCAGACAUGAAAAAGACUUCUGGAGUGUUUGCUGAAACCGCGUGGCUUGGGGCUGCAUAUUACAUGCUGUGGUUCAUGCUGGCAAGUCAUAUAUUUGGAGCCUACUGGUACCUGUUUGCUGUGGAACGUAAAAAUACAUGCUUGCAACAAGCGUGUAGGGAUAAUGCAGAUUGCAAUCCAAGUUUUUCUUUACUGUUUUGUUCACCUGACAGAGAUAAAACUGCAAAUUUAACUGAUUGGAGAGAGAUAACUGAAGAUGUUCUCCAAAAAAACUGUGGUGCUGAUGAGGAUUCUCCCUUUAACUAUGGCAUAUACGCGCAAGCUGUCAUAGCCGGUAUUCUUGACAAUCAAGACUUCGUCCCCAAAUACUGCUAUUGCUUGUGGUGGGGCUUGCAGAAUUUGAGCACUCUUGGGCAGGGUCUUGAAACAAGUACAUAUCCUCUGGAGAUUCUGUUUUCAAUAGCAUUGGCCAUUAGUGGGCUCCUGCUGCUUGCUAUUCUCAUUGGAAACAUGCAGACCUAUCUUCAAUCUAUAACGGUUAGGCUGGAGGAGAUGAGGAUAAAAAGGCGUGACUCCGAGCAAUGGAUGCAUCACAGGGUGCUGCCACCGGAGCUCAGGGAAAGAGUGAGGCGUUAUGAUCAGUACAAAUGGUUGGAAACAAGAGGUGUAGAUGAAGAGAGUCUGGUGCAGAAUCUGCCUGUAGAUCUCAGAAGAGAUAUUAAGCGCCAUCUUUGUCUCAAUUUGGUUAGAAGGGUGCCUCUAUUUGCAAACAUGGAUGAGAGGCUACUGGACGCCAUAUGCGAGCGACUCAAGCCAAGCUUGUUCACAGAAAACACCUACAUCGUCCGAGAGGGCGAUCCGGUGGAUGAGAUGCUCUUCAUCAUCCGCGGCCGCAUGGAGAGCGUCACAACGGACGGUGGCAGAAGCGGCUUCUUCAACCGUGGCAUUCUAAAAGAGAGCGAUUUCUGCGGGGAGGAGCUUCUCACAUGGGCGUUGGACCCAAAAGCGGGGGCCAACUUGCCGCCGUCCACCCGCACGGUCAAGGCCAUGACGGAAGUGGAAGCCUUCGCACUCAUCGCCGACGAGGUGAAGUUCAUCACCACCCAGUUCCGCCGCAUCCACAGCCGCCAAGUGCAGCACACUUUCCGGUUUUACUCGCAGCAGUGGAGGACGUGGGCGUCCAUGUACAUCCAGGCCGCCUGGCGCCGCUACACCCGCCGGAAGCUCCGCCACAGCGAGGCCGACUACGACGAUGAUGGCCGCGACGAGGACGACGAUAACGAAGAAGCCACGUUAAUCCCUAAGAUUUCACCGUCCUCCUCCUCCAGAAGCAUCGGCGCAACCAUGUAUGCUUCCCGGUUCGCUGCAAACGCGCUGAAGAAGGUGCGCAAAUUUAGAUCUUCCAGCCUCAUCAUGAAACCUCCCAAGCCUCCUGAGCCCGACUUUGAUAAUGAGGAUCUCACUAAGGUUCAGCGCUUCAUUUAAUUUCAUCCAUCCCCACACUCAUCCUGCAUGCAUACCUUAAUUACAUCAUCCCCUUUCUAAAUUGUCACAAUCUACACACCAUCAACCAACUAAUCUGUCCAUACUGUGCCCGAGUCAUUAUUCUUACAUGUUCGAUCUACCUUAACUUAGGAUAAUAUAAUGCAACACAACUAAAUUUGUUGUAUUUCUAUGUUUGUUGAGUUAAUUCAGCUUGAGUUUUACUAGGUAUACACCCAAAUUCUACUCUCCCACUUUUUCAA